AUGAUGCCGAAUAACUCGGAGCUUGUGUUUGUGCUUCAGGGUCUCAACGACUCUGUGACAAACCGCCAGCUGUUCUUCACCUUCGCUCUGAUGUCAUACCUCUUCACCAUCUUCGUCAACCUGACGCUCAUCGUCACCGUCUGCCUGGAGAAAACGCUCCAUGACCCCAUCUACAUCUUCCUGUGCAACCUGUGUUUUAACGGCAUCUGCGGAGCGUCCAGUUUCUACCCGAAGCUGCUCCACGACCUCCUGGCCGACGCCCAGGUCAUCACGUACGCCGGCUGUCUGUUGCAGCUGUUUGGCGUUUACUGCUACGUCUUCUGUGAGUUCACCAGCCUGACCGUCAUGGCGUACGACCGCUACCUGGCCAUCUGUAAGCCGCUGCAGUACCGCACGCUGAUGACGGCGCAGAGGGUGGCGCAGCUGCUGCUGCUCACCUGGUGCUUCACGCUGCUGGAGACGGUGAUCGGCAUCAUGCUGACAGCCAGCCUGCCGAUCUGCCGGCGCCACAUCAAGAAGAUCUUCUGCACCAACUGGGAGGUGGUGAAGCUGUCGUGCUCCGACACCACCGUCAACAACAUCUACGGCUUCGUGCUCAUGUUCUCGCACAUCUCGCAGAUCGCACUCAUCCUCGUGUCCUACACACACCUGGUCCGAGCCUCGCUCAGGCUGCAUUCCGACCGCAGGAAGUUCAUACAGACGUGUCUGCCACACCUCGCCACGCUGCUCAUCUUCACCGGCUCGCUGGUGUUUGACACCAUGUACGCUCGUUAUGGCGGCGGCGGCGGCGGCACGCUGCAGGCUCUGCAGAACCUGCUGGCCGCAGAGUUCCUGGUGGUCCCGCCCCUCAUUAACCCCAUCAUCUACGGCAUCAACCUGCAUCAGAUCCGCUCCAGGAUCCUCCACAACUUCACUGCCAGACCCGACAUCCAGAAACCACUUCAAUAA